GAGAAUCGAAGAGAGAGAGAUGAGAGAGAAAAGGGGCAGAAGAGGAAAUCCCAAAACCCUAGAUUCCGUCGCUGAAGAUGGAGUCACCGGUAAAGAAGGGAAAGGCUUCUUCGCCUGCUACAUCUUAACCUCUCUUAGCCCUCGUCACAAGGGUCACACCUAUAUCGGGUUCACGGUUAACCCAAGGCGCAGAAUAAGGCAGCACAAUGGAGAGAUCACUAGUGGUGCAUAUAGAACAAAGAAAAAACGUCCAUGGGAAAUGGUCCUCUGUAUCUAUGGUUUCCCAACCAACGUCUCUGCCCUUCAGUUUGAGUGGGCUUGGCAGCAUCCGAGAGAAUCGCUUGCAGUGAGAGAAGCUGCUGCUGCUUUCAAAUCAUUCUCUGGGCUUGGAAGCAAGAUCAAACUUGCAUACACUAUGCUAACUCUUCCAGCUUGGAAUAGUUUAAACCUGACAGUCAAUUAUUUCUCAACAAAGUAUGCACACCACGGUGGUCUUUCUCCGAGUUUGCCUCCACACAUGAAAGUCCAAGUUUGUGCUAUGGAUGAUCUUCCGUGUUUCACGAAGCUAGACAACAAUUCUCAACCUGAAGAUGAAGAGAGUCUUGACAGUCAUGAGGAAGAGGAGGAUGAUAGGAGAAACGAAAUCCAACCUGGGAAUUUAACUACAAGCUCAUCGAAUGACUUGUAUCUAGGUGAAAAAGAACUUCAUGACCGAGAUUUUGAGAAAGCAAAACAACCCGAAGCUGUUCUUGAUGACAGAUUAGCAAAUUUCACUGGUUUUGGAUCAUUAGAUGAGAGUGUUGAAGAUGAAGUAUCACAUAUCACUGUAGGAUCCAUUGAAGCUAUGGAGAAAGAACCCGAGACUGUGUUCGAUGACAGAUUAGCAAAUUUCACUGGUUUUGGCUUAGAAGAUAUUGUUGAAGAUGUAAUAUCACAUAGCACUAUGGAGAAAGAUUGUUGGAGAAGAAGCAACCUUAUUACAUCAACCACUGAAGUUGAAGUGAUAGACCUGAUGACUCCUUCACCGAGUUGCAGAGUUGGACCGUCUAUGAAGAGACAAAGAGUUUCUGAGUUUAUAGAUUUGACAAGGUCUCCUAGUUUCAUAGAGUUGUAAAUUAAAGAGUUGUGUGCAAAUCGAAAUAAGCUUUGUUGUAAUUUUUCAUAUAAUAAAAGAAGUUAAAAAACUUUUUGUAUUUGAAUCACUCAUC